UUAAACUCGCCUCCCCGGUCUCCCCCCUCUCCCCCUCCUUCAGAGCCAUUUAAACCUCUCUGGGGCUUUAACAGAAACGUGCUCCCAAGACCUGCAUUUCAUUCUGCCACUAAUAUGAGCGCCGGCCGGCCGUGCCCGGAGCCGGACUUCGCCGGGGGCUCGGGCUGCGCCUGCCCCUGGUCCGCCCCCGCCGGGGUUUCCAAGGAGACCUGGGCCGCCGUCUGCGCCGCGGAGCCGCCGCACAGCCAGGGCCGGCGGGAGGCUCGGCCGCCGGGCCAGUUCUGCAGCCCGCAGCUCGGUGCCCAGGACGCGGCGUGGCAGGGAGACCAGCUGUCCUCCCAGCUCUACAGAAACAAGCAGCUUCAAGAUACUUUGCUUCAGAAGGAAGAGGAACUUGCUAGGUUACAUGAAGAAAAUAAUAACCUCCGACAAUACCUGAAUUCUGCCCUGAUUAAGUGUUUAGAAGAAAAAGCCAAGAAACUACUGUCAGACCAUGGGCAAAAAACCUGUGCCAUCCUCAAAAGUACCAAGAGGAGAUUAAAAGAGGACCACUGCUUUGUUCCUCAAGAAAAUCCUCAUGCUUCCAAAGCUAGAAGGAACCUCUUCAAUGAAUUCACUGCCUAUGAAGAGCAAGCCAGCCCUGCUGUGGACAGCUGGGUCUUGCAGACCUUAGGAUUAAAAGAUGUGAACACCAUUGAUGAAGCUUCAGCUAACUACAGUGCCCUGUCCCCAGACCUUGGAAAAGACACGUACUGCCUGAGCCCUGGGGGAGCAGCAGACUACGAGCACAGGGGAGAAGCAGCAGCAGUGUUUAGCUGCAGCCAUGUGCCCCCAGGCAGCAACAGCACCCAUCCCUGCAGCCAGGAUUCUCCCUUUCUUCCUGAAUUUUCUUCAGCACCCUGCAUCUCCUCACCAGUGCCAAGUGUUUCCUCUGUCCCAGCCUAUGGGUUGCCUUAUUUGACUGGUGGUUUGUCACCCAACAAAACAGAAGUGGCCUUCACAACGUCCCUGAGUCCCCACCGCAAUGUGAGAACGCACAGCUUCCACCAAGGACAGGCCUUUGUGCGCAGGGACGACGAUGGGGGGUGGAGAUUCACCUGGGUGCCCAAGCAGGCUGAGUGAUGCACCUGAUCAAGGGUCAGCCAUAGGGGAUGUAGGAGUCACACUUCACCUUGUGCAUCAGACAGCUUCAGGCAGAAAAAAGGACCCCUUUUGGGCUUCUUUAAACCCACUCCUCAUUCCCUCACAGAUUUUCACAGAUGUGACUCCAGAUAGCACUUGGACAAUUUUCUGCCCCAGAUGUUCAAACUGGAUUCCUUUCUCUUGUGCCUGUGUUGAGAUACCUGCUUUUACCUGUUUCCUGGGGUUUUGUCAUCAGCUCUUCUUUGUUACUGGUAGUUUCCAGGCUGGAGAGCUUUCACCUUCGAUGAUCACUUUCACAUGCACCAAACGGGAAAGCACUUUGGGAAAACCCCUCUCUCCCUUUGGAAAUAACACCUGUCUCACAGAUAUCCACAGAAAACAAAGGAGGCAUAGGUUGGAGGCUGAGGAUCAGCAGUUUCUAAGUGAUUUCUGUCUCUCUUGACUACACAGAAAGCCUUGGAUUUAACAAGUACCCAUGGCUGCCUUAGGUGCUGCACAAGGCUGACCUACCUGCAGUUCCAUGGUGCUGUCACAUUCUUUAAUGAGGCCUCAAAAUAAAAACAGGAUUUACUUCUAAUGCUUGGAGGCUACUUAUUAGUUACAGGAGAUUCAGCAAGGGCAGGGGAUCUUCCUAUGGUGUGAUUAAGAGACUGAUGUGUUACUAAUACGUUUUAAAGGUAUCCUGUCUAUCAAUAAAGGGAGUUUACAUGUGGGGAGGCAGUAUCACUUAGUGGCUGGAGUGCGUCUUUGGGAACCCCAGCCUUCAAUGCCAGCUCCUGCCUCUCUGUGCCUGCCAGACUGGCAUGGGCUGAGGGUAAGACCAGCAUUUCUUUCAGAAUGUUUUAAAACUCUCUGAGAGAAGGUGCUCUAGCACUGCACAGUACUUAACUUUCACUAGUGCUUCUAAAUGAUAUGAAUGAUUUGAUGAUAUGAAGUUAAUGGACAUGAAGGAAAUUCACCAGUACUGUUUUCUGUUACCUUUGUCUUCAGUUCUACAGUAGUUGGACCCCUAAAUAUUCAAAAUUGAUUGGCUUGGUUAUUCUUGCUUUCAGAAUGGGGCCACUGACAUUGAGGAAGGACUUAAGUAAAAAUAACCAAAACAGAGGGGUUUUUUUUCAGUGGCUUAUUUUCAUAUAGAAAACAGGAUAUUCCUCUAUUUUUAGAGGAUAAAAAUAUCUUCUAAUAGCCUGUUGUGCCUUAGAAUUGCAAUAUUUGAGACACUCCAUCAGGAGCAGUAAUGAUUUCCCAAAGGACUUCUAAACAAACAAACUGUAUUUCUGGGUAGUUACUUUAAAGUAACUGUGGCAGACUUCCAGAAUAGGCAGUAUGAAAGCAUUGAUUGUAGGCAUUAUUUCACUGGAUUAAAAAGCCAACCAAACUAAAAAACCACCACAAACCCACACAACAACCACUGCAGAAGAAAACCAAUAAAACCCAAACCAAACAAUGCCCAUGGAAUAAAUACAAGUAUUUAUUUGGGGAACGUGCUGUAGUCCAUAAAAUUGUGGUUGAUUGAUGAAGAUUGGUCAGACAAGACCACUGUUUCUGUAGCACUUUUCUGCUUUUCAGUGAAAGCUGAAGAAAAAUCCUGUUCUACAAACAACUCACUUUUUUUCUCAAUGCAUUUAUUUUCUAUUAUUCUCCCCUUGCCCCACUGUAUAAGAAAGUAUUGAAGAAAAUUCUCCUAUCACUGGAGUUUUUGUUAAUGUGUGUGUUAGUGUAAAAAAUGCCUGAACUUAACCUGAGUAUGUGAUGGGAACCCCUGGUACAAGUGAUGUGGAAGAUGCACAGCAAACUGGGAGUAAGACAGUGGGGCCAGAGGACUCCACCCAACACAGCUGUAGAUGCCACAUCUCUCAAAGCAGCUGUAAAACAGAAGCAGAGAAACAUCUGUCUAUGUUUCCUAACACUGUGGAAUGCUAUUACAUGUGAAUUUCAGUGUUAUGGAGUCAGCAGCACUAAUGAGUGCUUUUGUACUACCAACAAAUCUUAAUUCAGGGCUGUUUUCUCUGAAGAGAGAGAAAAGCUUUCCAUUUGCCUGACAUUUCCUUUCCACAUUUUUAUAUCACUGCUUGUGAGAACUUCUCCUGCAGAGAGCCAGAACAAAAGUGUCAGAUCUUUGGUACAAUCCUGAAGUAGGGUUUCAGUAGGAACAGGCUGAUGCUUGAGCCUUUGCCAGCCCUUUGUACAGGGGUGACUGACCCUUUAUCUCAGAGCAAAUAAAUUAUGAAUGUGAGGAAAUAAUUUACCUGAAUGAAUCCUCUUCUCUUCCAGUGGGUUCCUGAAUUUUACUCUAUAUGAAGGAGCUGAGUCCUGUUGGAGAGAUUUUUUUUCUGAGCCUGACUUUACUGGAGUUCAUUUGGGUAGAGGAUCCCAUGGUGCUGCUCCUGUCAGCUGAUGGAUGCUCCUGACCUGCACAUGCAGACUUAAAAUUCUGGUGUAGGCAACUGCUUGAGCCAAGUUCUCUGUGCUGAUGAUGCUGCUGGGCACUGGAGCAGAGGGAGCACACUGGAAAGGAAACAGAAAAAUCCCCAAAGCAUUUUAACAAAUAAAUAAGAGUGAUUUGUUUCACCCUGACACCACCAUUUGAAGCAGUAUUUCCUGAGUUACAUGAAGAAUAGAAACAGGGUUUGUCUAACACCAAUCCACAGCAAGCAAAUCAGCGCAGUGACCAAACCAUUCCUUUAGAUAAGUAUUGCUUCUAUUGCCAAAAGAAAGCCAUUGCUCAAAAAACCUCACUCUAAUCUGCCUGGUUCCUCUGAAAAUCCUGCCUUCCUAAAGGUGUAAUAGAUGUGGAAAAUUAGGAAGAGGUUGAAGACAUCUCAUGGCAGAGAACUGUCACAUGGUGGGAUGUGAGGACAAUUACUGACAGGGCUGUUGCUGGGUUGAUAUGCUGAUUAACCUGCUGUGUCCCCAUGAAUUCCUUGAGCCUGGAAGCACUGAAGCUGCAUUAACAUGGUGCAGUUCUUUGGCCUGCAAAGAUGUGGGGGAAAAGCUCUUGCUGGUAAAAAGCCUAGAUGAAGCUUUGAAAUGGGUGUUUAGUCUUGUUUUGUGCUCCAUCCUCCCUGUUUGUCCUUUUGUAUCCAUUCCCAGUGGGGGAAAGAGAUUCAAAACCACCCUGCUGCUCAUGGAAUGUCUGAGGUAAAGCCAAGGGAAGCCCAUGACACAUUCCUAUGCCCCAGAGGUAGCUAGAGAUCAAUGGCAAUGAAAGCAAAAAGUGGGAACAAAAUCCAGUUCUUCACACUGCAAAAAGUGGGAACAAAAUCCAGUUCUUCACACUGCCAUCACAACUAGGUAGCCAAGAGAUAGCAGAGACAAGUUUCAGCUUGGUACUGUAUUUCUAAUUUCAAAAAACAGGCAGCUGGAAACAAGGGCCAGAAGGCAAAAGUUCUGGGUUCUGAUGCUGCCUCUGGUAUUACAGUUGGUUUCUAUGCUUUGGAUUCCAUGGAAUGCACCACUGGACCAGUUCAUAGCUAUUUAACAAGAAAAUACAAUUCUUGCUGCUGCAAACUCCAAGAAGUUCUCCUCUUGCCAAGGAUCAGUACCAGGCCCAUAAAAGUCCAGGAUGGGUAACUAUGACUUGAAUGGCCAUAGGGACCUGGGCGGUUCUUUGAGCAGCAGGGAACUUCCUUGUCUGUAAAUAUUCACCUUGUAUUAACAUAAUUUGUUUCAUUUUUUAUUUGAAGUUUGCUUUAUUAUGUGAAUGUAAUGUGCAGCUGCAUAGUUUAAAAUAAUCCAUGCUUCUAGAAAGGUACACUAACAGAAAUAGAAGUUAAUUUAACAAUUAAUAUGGUGAUGUUCCUGAUUUUAGUGAUUUUAA